UUCAUCACAUUUCAUAGUAACUUCCCUUGAUUUCCUUUCCUAUUGAAAAUUCGUAUGAGAACGUAUCAAAAUAUAAAUAAUUAUUUCACAGCCAAACAAGAAGCUUGUACAUAUGGGUUACACACUAGUAAUAGAACCAAUCAACGACAUCGAUUUUAACCCACACUUCAUGUCUCUUUAUUGUGUCGUAUAGAAAUGAUGCUGAGGUGGUUAAAGAAAUUGUGGAUCUUGUUCUGAAGAGGUUGGAUAAACACCAAGUUAACACAAAAGGACUCGUUGGAAUCGAUGAAAAAAUUGCUACUUUGAAAUCAUGGAUAAGUGAUGAACCAAAAGCCACUCAUCUCAUUGGAAUUUGGGGUAUGGGCGGUAUUGGUAAGACAACCCUAGCAGAAGUAGUAUUUCAUAGACUACGAUCUCAAUAUCAAGGAUCUUACUUCUUAGCCAAUGAAAGAGAUCAAUCAAACAAACAUGGACUAAUUCAUUUGAAGAAAAUUAUGUUUUCUAGACUGUUAGGACAUGAAGUGGAUAUUGACACUCCAAAUUCCUUGCCUGAAAAUAUUGUUAGGAGAAUUGGUUGUAUGAAGGUUCUUGUUGUUCUUGACGAUGUGAAUGAUUCAGAUCACAUAGAAAAACUGUUGGGAAGUCUUGAAAAUUUUGGUAUGGGUAGUACAGUGAUUGUGACAACUCGGGAUGAGCAAGUGCUUAGGAUUAACAGAGUCAGUAAGACAUACAAGGUGAAAGAAUUUAGUUCUGACGAAGCACUUGAACUUUUCAACUUGAAUGCCUUUAGUGAAAGUAAUGAGGCAAAGGAAUACGGUGAGAUAUCAAAAUUGGUAGUCGAUUAUGCGAAAGGCAAUCCAUUAGUUGUUAAAGUUUUGGCUCAUCUUCUUCAAGGAAGAAAUAAGGAAGAAUGGGAAAGUUUGUUGGGCAAGCUAAAAACAAUGCCUCCAAGAGAAGUUUAUGAUGUAAUGAAACUGAGUUAUGACAGCUUAGAUCGCAAAGAGCAACAAAUGUUUCUAGAUUUGGCAUGUUUCUUUCUUAGAAUGCUUGUACCAGUGCAGGUGGGUGAUCUGAAAUGUUUAUUGAAAGACAAUGAAAGUGAUAAUUCAGUGGCUUUUGAGUUAAGAAGACUGGAAGACAAAGCUCUCAUAACAAUCUCAGAGGACAAUACUGUAUCAAUGCAUGAUAGUUUACAAGAAAUGGCUUGGGAGAUUGUUCGCCAUGAGUGUGUUGAAGAUCCUGGAAGGCGCAGUCGGUUGUGGGAUCCUAAUGACAUCAGUGAAGCUUUGAAAAAUGAAAAGGUUAAAGCCUCAUUAAAUACAAUAUCUUGCUCCUAA